AUGAGUGCCUUGUUGCAGUCGCUGAGGGAGGUGGCGACCUCGAACAUGUCGUCCGUGCCCCAUAUCGCCACCGCCGCCACGUUGCAGUCUCUGUUUAGCGCUUGGUUCGGCGGCUCCACGACCGGUAAGAGCACGUGCAACCCCGACAUUGGGUCGUGGGUCACGUCGGCUGUCACCACCAUGGACGCCAUGUUCUACGGCGCCUCCUCCUUCGACAAGGACAUCUCAUCGUGGAACACGUCUGCGGUUCUCGACAUGAGCUACAUGUUCGAGGGCGCCUCCGCCUUCAACAAGGACCUCAACUCGUGGGACACGUCUGCGGUUCUCGACAUGAGCUACAUGUUCGAGGGCGCCUCCGCCUUCAACAAGGACCUCAACUCGUGGGACACGUCUGCGGUUCUCUACAUGGGCUACAUGUUCUACGGCGCCAUCUCCUUCGACAAGGACAUCUCAUCGUGGAACACGUCUGCGGUUCUCGACAUGAGCGACAUGUUCUACGGCGCCUCCGCCUUCAACAAGGACAUCUCAUCGUGGAAUACGUCUGCGGUUCUCGACAUGAGCGGCAUGUUCUACGGCGCCAUCUCCUUCGACAAGGACAUCUCAUCGUGGAACGUUGUCGGCCUGCGUCUUGACUUGUCCUCACAAAACGGCUUGCACACCGGCGCAGAGCACUCGGCCUGCGUCUUGUCCUCACAAAACGGCUUGCACACCGGCGCAGAGCACUCGAAUGGGUUGCACACCGGGGACGCCGCGUGUACGCCGACAGUGAGCGCCAGCGACAUCACGGCACGUACUUUUAUUCUCACGAACCCGGGAUGGACAGCAUGCCGAAGGAAGCGAUGCAGCUUCUCGACGAUGCUCGAGGUAAUCGAUUUCGAUCUGGAUAACUGCUAUGUCAUCACGUAA